UGACGUCACCUACGCGCUGCAUCUCAGUGAUGAUGUUGUGGUUAUCCAUGCCGCCGAUUUUGUAAAGGCUUCAUUUUGGUCAGUGUACCCUGUAUGGAGUUAAGCCUUGAUUCAGAGGUGGCAAACUUGGAGAUGUCAGAGAUUAAAGUUAAAGAUGGAGAUCCUUCGGAAGUCGAUGCCGGUGACUACGAGAGUUUGCCUCCUCAUGCUUCAUUGACAAUCCACAUGACAGCAGGAGCCGUGGCUGGAAUAUUGGAGCACACUGUGAUGUACCCGGUGGACUCUGUCAAGACCAGAAUGCAGAGUUUACAGCCAGACCCUAAAGCUCAGUACAGCAGCGUGUAUGAAGCCCUGAGAAGGAUUGUCCAAACAGAGGGUCUACUAAGACCACUGAGGGGCCUCAACAUAACCAUGAUGGGGGCAGGUCCUGCACACGCCCUCUACUUUGCCUGUUAUGAACAGGUCAAGCACAGACUCAGCGAGGUCAUUCAAAAUGGAGGAAACAGCCACAUAGCCAAUGGACUGGCGGGCAGUGUGGCCACUGUACUUCAUGACGCAGUCAUGAACCCAGCUGAAGUGGUGAAACAGCGGAUGCAGAUGUACAACUCUCCCUACCGGAAUCUGUUGGACUGUGUUCGGACUAUACGGCGCACUGAGGGGCUUGCGGCCUUCUACCGCAGCUACAGCACACAGCUGACCAUGAAUAUACCCUUCCAGGCUGUCCACUUCAUGACUUAUGAGCUGAUGCAGGAGUGGCUCAACCCCCACAGACAGUAUCAUCCAGGUAGUCACAUAAUGUCUGGGGCUGCAGCUGGGGCCGUGUCUGCAGCAAUAACCACCCCACUGGAUGUGUGUAAGACCCUUCUCAACACACAGGAGAACGUAGCUCUGAGCUCCAUGCACAUCAGUGGUCACCUCACUGGCAUGGCCAAUGCGUUUAGGACAGUCUAUCGCCUUGGUGGCAUGGCUGCCUUCUUCAAAGGGAUCCAGGCCCGGGUCAUAUACCAGAUGCCCUCCACUGCCAUUGCUUGGUCAGUCUAUGAGUUCUUUAAGUACUUCCUGACCAAGCAGCAUAUGGAGCGAGAGGCUGGGACAGCAGGUACAGUCUGAGGAAAGGCCCACCGUACACCAGACAUUUACUGGAUGAUCCUUGCUCUCCUGUGGAAGGGAAGGCACUGCAAUGAAUGCAUUCAGAAUGACUAGCUGUAGGAGUAGUAGAGUAAGCACUUCCACCAAGUAAGCUCUUCCAGCUCUGCUUUUAUUCUUCAGAGGAGUGAAGGUUGUUACAUGAACAGGAAAUGCACAAAGAUCACUUGUCUUUCCAGUAAUUUAGACAAGAGCAUCUUAAUAUGGCCGUGUGCCCUAUUCCCAAACUUCCCGCUAACUACGCACAUAACACUCCCCAUGUCUAUAUCAAAUGACUCUAAGAUUAUGUAUGAUUAUUUUUGGCUACCUUCAUACAGUAUGUUUAUAGAUCUGAUAUGGGAACUUUUGUAUUUAUUUUAUUGCUUUCAAGGCUUACAGUGUAUGGAUUUGGAUGAGACAUGGCUGUUUGCUUGUUUUAUUUGCGUGUGUAUUUAUAAAGGACUGUUUUAUUCACCACAUUCCUGAGAUUUGCUGCACAGUACACCAGAAUAAUUGUUCUUAAAAAGUGCCUCUUUAGCAUUGAAGGCAACCACAACUUCAUAGGUGUUUAUAUUGUCUAAGUCCCUAAUAGAAAUGGAUUGGACAACUCAUUUUUCAUUCCGUUAUCAUAAUCAUUCUUUACCAUUGCCAUCAAAAGGGCUUAUUGUCAUUCUGUAAAUCUCAAUACUUGGCCAUUUAUGUUAUUACCUCUGGAAGCUAGAUCGCUUAUGGUCAAAACCAAAUGUACUGAAAUAGGACCAUGUUGUUAUUUUUACUUGGCCUAUAAUCUCAUCUGAACUUUUUAAUAUAUUUUCUAUUCCACAGUUAGAAGUGUUAUCAUGUCCUUUUCAUCCCUAAAUGUCUCAGUAGAUUGAAUUGGUUGAGGAAAUGUAUUUAUUAUUGAGAAGGAUGACAAAAACUAUAAAAUAAAUACUUCAAAUACUGAGUUAUAUUUUAUGCUAAAAUUGUAUUAAAGAAAUCAGGAAAUUCCAUGCAAAUACUUAGAAUGUUUAUUUUACACCUCUGUUACUUCACCUUGAGAAUAGAGAUUUUAUAAAUCUAUUUAUGCUGUUAUUUGACUAAAUUAAUAUAAUAGUUGUACAUAAUAUAUAAUGUAGUAUUCCAGUUAUUUAUUUUAAAUGCAUAUUCCUGUCUGUCAACUUUCUCAUCCCACUAUAGGUUAUAAUUUACUUCUUUGCACUUCUGCAAAUCUAAACUACAUUAGUGUAGUCAUUACGUUUCAGUAGUGAAUUGACCCUGCCUUCUUUUUUUGAGGUUAGGUAUUAGCCUUGUCAUAGACUCAGGAAUCAUGUACAAUGAUAAUGUUUAUGUAAUUUCUAUUUACUGAGUGGUUGUUUCCCAGAAGAGGUUUCUUUAAGGCCUUUAACAGGUCCUCAGCUGGAUCAAACUUCAGCAUCAAACCUGGCUGAGGCUGGUAGCUUGGAAUGUCACAUUGCUGCAAUUCUAGAUAGGUGUAUCCCAAUAUUACGACCAUCUUUUUUUAAAAAAGAUUUAGAGUGAGUGUCUAAAGCGAAUCAUCUAACUAGGCUUUUUUUUGCCACUAAAGAUCAUAUGGUGUUGCUUAUUUUGUUGCAUAGCCGUAAGCUUUUGUUAAUUAUUAGGAAAUCAGUGUUGUGUGGUUGUGCACCUGUAUCAUGUUAUAUUGAGAUGUCUGCUAAUCUGGGGUGGUUCCACCUCCCCUACUGUUGCAGGACAGUAGUGCUUAACUUGCAGGAUUGAAGAUAAGUAUUUUUGUCAAUGCCCUUGAACAAAAACACUAGGCCCUGCAUGGGGUCUGACAUUUCAAACCCUUGAUUAAUUGAAAAUUACAAUAAAAUACCCUGUAAGUUGUAA